AUGAAGAAGAAUCUUUUACUGUUGUGUUGCUGUGCCGUGUGGACCAUCACAAAGGCUGCCCCAAUGCCGGAAGAACGUUCCAACACGGUGCAAUCAAUAGUGCCGCUACAAAGCAGUCCUGUGGUUGUCCUAGAAUCCGAUAAAACCGACGCCGAAAGCAGUGAUCUGGAUGUGGCAGAAGCGGCCCACUAUGGCUACGGUGGGUUUGGUCACGGUGGCGGGUUUGGAGGUGGAUUCGGCCACGGUGGUGGUUUCGGCGGUGGAUUUGGAUUCCGCCAUUUCGGAGGGUUCGGUGGCGGUGGCUUCGGACAUCACGGGUUCGGCGGAGGAUUCCCUGGCUAUGGGUUCGGUGGCGGCGGUGGAGGUUUCAUCGUUGGCGGAGGUUUCAUCAAGGGUGGCGGAUUCUACGGCAAGAAAUGA